UAAAUCUUUUAGUGCUUGACUUAAGCUUUCAGCUGCUUUAGAUGACUCUGAGGAAAGCCAAUGAACUUCUCUGAGGAGUAAACACACAUUGUCAGGAUGUCUACUGAUCCCGAGACAGUCGCCAAGAAGUCCGACGAACCCGGGUCAUGUCGAGGAAAGCCUUCAGAUUCUGUCCGUUCUGAGAGAAAGCCCAACACUGAAAUGGCCCUGAAUGGAAGUGAGACGAACCAGAUCCUCUCCACUGCUCGGCCUGGCACCUGCAGAAAAAAGGCGGCAACGAUCAUCUUCACCCUGAGAAACGAAGUGAGCGGUCUUGUUAAAGCUCUUAAGCUUUUCCAGGAAAAACACGUCAGCCUCGUUCACAUCGAGUCCCGCAAGUCCAAGCGAAGGGAUUCAGACUUUGAGGUCUUCGUAGACUGUGAUUCAGAGCACGAACAGCUGAAGGAGCUGACGGAGUUGCUGAGGAAGCACACGGAGAUUGUUGAGAUCACGCCGUCUGAUGCCGCUCUGCGUGAUGACGGUGUGGAUUGUAUGCCCUGGUUUCCCAAGAAAAUCUCUGACUUGGAUCUGUGUGCCAACAAGGUUCUGAUGUACGGCUCUGAGUUAGACGCAGAUCACCCCGGAUUCAAAGACAAAGUGUACAGGAAAAGAAGAGAAUAUUUUGCUGAUUUGGCUUUGAACUUCAAACACUGUAAUCCUAUUCCUCGCGUGGACUACACAGCGGAGGAGGUGCGCACCUGGGGCAUGGUGUUCAGGGAGCUCAACAAGCUGUAUCCCAGCCACGCCUGUAAGGAGUACCUGAAGAACCUCCCGUUGCUGACCAAACACUGUCAAUACAGCGAAGAUAACAUCCCUCAGCUGGACGAUGUUUCACACUUCCUCAUGGAGUGCUCAGGUUUCACCAUUCGGCCCGUGGCAGGCUAUCUCUCCCCACGAGACUUCCUGGCAGGCCUGGCUUUCAGAGUGUUUCACUGCACUCAGUACGUCCGCCACAACUCGGAGCCGCUGUACACACCUGAGCCGGACACGUGCCAUGAGCUGCUGGGUCACGUUCCUCUGCUGGCAGAGCCCAGCUUCGCCCAGUUCUCCCAGGAGCUCGGUUUAGCAUCGCUCGGCGCUUCAGAUGAAGAUGUUCAGAAACUUGCCACGUUGUAUUUCUUCACCGUGGAGUUCGGUCUGUGUAAGCAGGAUGGGAAGCUAAGAGCCUACGGAGCUGGACUCCUCUCUUCUGCCAGUGAGCUCAAGCACGCUCUGUCUGGCCGGGCCAACAUCCUUCCAUUUGACCCCGUACUGACCUGCCACCAGGAGUGCAUGAUAACCACUUUCCAAAAGGCUUACUUUGUUGCAGAAAGUUUUGAAGAAGCCAAGAACAAAAUGAGGGAGUUUGCCCGGACUCUUAAGCGUCCGUUCACAGUGCACUACAACCCGUACACCCAGAGCGUGGACAUCCUGAAGGACACCAGCAACAUCAACAGCAUGGUGAAAGACAUUCGRCACGAGCUGGACAUCGUGGAAGAGGCCCUGAGCCGUCUCUGCAAGCACCAGAGAAACUGAAGAGUCGGCACCAUCUCAUGAAAGUCUGCAUAGGAAAUCAAACCCACUUAACUGUGUUACUGUGGUUAGCUUUGGUCAUCUAAAGCCACAAACUUAGAUUUAGACAUUAAAAAACAUGCUGUGUAGUAAAGCCAGAACACUGAAAACCAUGCAGUUUCGGUAGAAAAAUAGAUUUAGGUUUUUAAAUACACAUUGUUUUGUGUAGGGUUUGAAAAAAUACACAUUUAGGUCAAGGCAGUGUGAGGAUCUGUGCUUGAUUUCCCUUUUUUGUGAGUUUCUCUAUUUACCUCCUGUAUUUACAUCCCUCUCCACUCUGGCUCCGCCCACAUUUACAUGAUCCUUGUUUUUUCCUCAGGUGUGGCUUGUUACCCCUUUGUUAGCUUCUCUUUAUUUGGUGUUUUGUCUCCUUCCCUGUCAGACCUUUGUACCUUCUAAGGCCCGUUUAGGUUUGUUCACCAUGUUUUGUGAUAAAGUUCUUCUACUUUGUCAGCGUUUUUCUUUUUAAUAAAUCGUUUUUGUUUUAA